CUUCCACGUCGGAGAAAAGAUCCGAGUUGGCAAGAUGACGCGGUUCGAUGACGACGACAACGCGACGGACGUGCCGCUUCUGCUCGAAGAAGUUGACGCCGAUGGCCUAGAGCUAGAGGAACAUGUUCGACCUGAAGAUGAGCAGAGCUUUGUGGAGAAGUAUAUCACCAGCAAGAUGCAGCCUGGAUCUGUCAAGGGGUCCAUGUUUACCAUGACCGUGUCCAUUGUCGGCGCUGGUGUUCUAGCACUCCCGUACGCUCUGGAACAAGUUGGAUUGGUCAUGGGCGUGGCCUUCAUUGUGGCCGGGGGGCUCAUGGCUUACUUUUCGCUGUACCUCUUGGUGGUAUGCAGUGAUUUGUCCAAGGCCUUGUCGUACAUGCAUCUGGCAACGCUGACGUCUGGGCCACGGUGCGUCCGCCUGUGUUUCCCAUCUCACGAAUGCCUAGGCUGUCCAUGUUUGUGCAGCUCGUGAUCAGUUUGAACCUGUUUGGCACAUCCGUGGGCUACCUCGUAGCCAGUUCCGAGCUCAUUUUGCUCGUGGUCAAGCCGAAUGGAGACCACCCGACACCGUCAGAAGCGUCGCAGUCGCGCAACGCGCUGAUUGGAGCGUUGAGUUUGUGCUUUGUGUUGCCGCUGUCGCUGCUUCGGUCGCUGUCGUCGCUUCGAUUCUCGUCUCUAUUUUCGCUGCUGUGCAUUGUAUUUCUCACGCUCACGGUCGUGGCCAAGUACUUCCAGUUCGUGCACUUGGGCUACGCCCCCGACUUUGUCUACCAGUGGAACCACCUGCCGCUGGCCACCCUCGACGUCGGCCGCAUCCUCACAGCGCUGCCCCUCGUCAUCUUCGCCUACACAUGUCACCCGAACGUGCUGCCCAUCUACAUCCAGCUGCAGCGCCGGUCGAGUCCGCGCAUGUACAAAGUGGCGCGCCGCAGCUUGAGCCUGGCCACGGCGCUGUACGCAUUGCUAAGCGCGUUUGUGUUUCUGACGUUUGGAAUGGCCACGCACACCAACUUUCUGCAGAACGACUACCACCACGACGCCGCCAUCAUCGCCGGCUCCAUCUUCUUUGCCGUCGCGAUGGUCAUCACCACGCCGUUGUACAUUCACACGUUGCGACAUGGCCUAAACGAGAGUAUAUGGGGGCCAGACAACCAAGGCAGCUUCGUGCGCCACCUGCUUGUGACCCUUGUGCUCGUGGGGGGCAUCUGUGGGGUGUCCAUCUUGGCCAAGGACGUGGCGACGGUGUUGGGGUUCUUGGGGGCGACAACCAACCCCAUCAUAUGCUUUGUCCUGCCAGCGUUUUUCGUUUGCAAACUAGCCCCAGAUGCGUAUUGGAUGGAGAAGGCCGCGUCCGUCGGCAUCUGCUUGGCCACCACGGCGCUGUGUGUAGCGAGCUUGGUCCAUCAAGUUCGAGCGUACUAAUACUACUGCAUACACACUAGUACAGUAUUCAUACUAGCCACGAGGGUGGUAUUAUGUACUAAGCGUCAGGUGUAUGUACUUCUAUCCGCCAUAUAGGGCAAAAACAGAAAAGUAGUAUUAUUGUGCUUUCGAGUGAAAUUU